GGAUCAGCCAUGUGGUCAGUUAUCUUCCUGUUGCUGAUUGCAGCUGUCUCUGCCUUACAGUCCCUCCCGCCAGUUCAAUGGACCGGCUUGGGUUCUGAACACGGCGGUUUCGACAUUGCCACAAUCGACCGAAAUAUCUAUAUCACCCAGAGUUUCGCAUCAGUCCGAGAUGAAAAUGGCCUAACGCUUAUUCCACCGUCGGCUCUUGAAUUUGCAGAUACCUUUCGCCAGGAUCUGGAGGAAAUAACCGGCGACGCAUGGAAUCUUCACCCUGUUGAACAGUUGCCCGACAGACAAGCGGGCAUUUUUCUUGACAGGCUAGAUGGCUCGCAAGGCGUAUUGACAUAUGAAAAUGGGGAUGUGACCGAAGAGGGCUACAAGCUCCAGGUCCAACCCGGACGCGUCUCGAUCCUGGGUUCAGGCGCCCGUGGAAUGUGGUGGGGAACACGAACGUUACUGCAACAGCUGUUGAUAGCUCACAACCAUCCCAUCCCGUCGGGUCAGGUGGUUGACGCGCCCUCGUUUCCAACGCGAGGGUUUUUACUAGACGCCGGGAGGAAAUGGUACUCACCUUCGUACCUCAAGGACCUAUGCACUUAUGCAUCGUUUUUCAAGCUGUCUGAAUUCCAGUAUCAUACGAGCGACAACUACCCCUUAAGUCGUGGCCACAACGAAACCUGGCAAGAUGUUUACGCACAGUUCUCCUUGCGACCGGAGAGCCCUGAGCUGCAGGGAAUCGUGCAAAGACCAAAUGAGACACUCUCCCGGGCGGACUUUGAGGACCUUCAGCAGCACUGUGCGCAACGAGGUGUCACUGUAAUCCCAGAGAUCGAAGCGCCUGGCCACAGUUUGUUCAUUACGAAAUGGAAGCCAGAACUGGCCUUAGACAGUAAAGAUCUCUUGAACCUGUCCCAUCCCGAGGCCAUUCCCCUGGUGAAGUCUAUCUGGGCUGAGUUUCUGCCAUGGUUCCAGACGAAGGAGGUCCAUAUCGGCGCUGAUGAGUAUGAUGCUACACUAGCGGAUGACUAUAUUGAUUUUGUGAAUGAGAUGGCGGAGUUUAUGGAUCAAAUGGCCGGCAAGACAAUUCGGAUCUGGGGGACAUACGAACCAUCCGACACCCGCAACAUCUCAAAAGAUGUCAUUAUUCAACAUUGGCAGUAUGGACAAUCCGACCCGGUCGAUUUGGCCGAGCAGGGCUACGAAAUUAUCAACUCGGAGGACUGGUGGGCUUACAUGUCGUUGAAAAAUGAUCACAUGCCGAUAUUCCCGGCCCCGUAUCCAGAUUUCUUCAAUAACUCCAGAGUGCUUAACUUUGCAGACAGAGAUGGGUGGCAGUGGACACCGGCUCUUUUCAACCCGGUGAACGUCACCGAGCAGCCUGACCCGAAGCCGGUCAGGGGUGCCAUCUUGGCCGCAUGGAAUGAUAAUGGGCCCGAUGCAACGACACAGUUAGAGUCUUACUAUGCGAUCCGCAAUGGCAUUCCUGUUGUUGCAGCGAGGGCGUGGGCUGGCAACCGUGGACCCAGCAUCAAUGUAUCCACUUUGUCCGGCUCGAUGGACUUGUUGACCUCGAAGGCCGUGGCUCAGAAUUUGGACCGACAGAUCCUCCACCAGAAUCAGGAUGUCCAUGAACUGAUAAGUUGGACCAACCCUGCGAAGAAUAUGAACCGCGACAAAAUCUAUCUAGGAUACGGCAGCAAGGGGAUGAACUACGAGUUGACUCUAAAUGUUUCCGGCCCAUUUACCCUGUCGUCCAACGACUCCACCCUGGCAUUGUCACCAGACGGCAACCUGACAUUUGUUUCAGACGGAUGGGAGUAUCCCUUGCGCUCUAUAGAAGAGACGGAUGGGUUCGAUCCAAGCUAUCCAGGACGAAUUUGGACGAACGAGACCUCCUCAUCCCACGAGCCGGUGACCGUCCCAUUGCAGAGCCAGAUCACUAUUCGGACCGACAUGAUCGGGGGCAGUCGGGUUUGGGUGGAUCAGGGAUUCGCUGGAAGAUUCGAAGUGCUGGUAUUUGGUGGUAAAAACCGGUUAUUAUCAUGGAGCCAGAUGGCGUUCGUGGCACCACUGGAGUGGAUCGAAGGAGGCAUCCAACGAUUGACAGUGAAUGACUAUACAGAUGAUACGCGAGUAUCCUACUUCUACGCCCACAACGGAUCUGCACCACCAGUAGGAUGGAAACAACCCGAGGCCAACUCCUCCGCCUCAGGCGGCUACAUAUGGGGCCACUACGUAGCAUCAGCCACAAACGCAACGCGACACAACUACGCCGUCAGCGGAGGUGCAUGCUCGAACAAAAUCACCCCACGGACAAUGUCCGGGCUAAACAUGCCCUACCCAUCCGUUCUGGAAUAUGAAAUCCCAGCCUUUCUCGCAGACAGCCAAUACGUAGACUCCCAGGGAAACCGCUUCCUCGACAUUCCCGCUGACGAAACAGUCUAUGCGAUCUGGAUCGGGACGAACGAUCUAGGCAAUUACGCCUUUCUAACUGACUCCCAGGUCCAAGGGAAGGUAAUUCCAGAUUACGUGGAGUGUGUAUAUGAAUCUCUGGAUCGGAUUUAUGCAAGCGGCGGGCGGUACUUCGUGUUGAUGAAUCUGGCGCCGUUGCAGUUGACGCCGCAGUAUGCUUUGCUGGAGGACGUGGGCGCGAAGACUGUCUCGUGGUGGCCUGAUAAGCCUAGUAACCAGACUUUGAUUAGCUAUCGCAUGUGGGAGCAGGUGGUUAAUGUUAAUGAGGUGUUUCGGUAUAGGACGCCUUAUGAGGUGUUGGUUGCUGAUAGGUAUCCUGGGGCUGGGGUUGCGGUUAUGGAUAUGUAUGGACUGUUAUCCGAUAUCUACUAUAAUCCGGAUGACUGGUUCGGAGACGUUGGUGCCAAUGUAACGGGGUUCGUGAAGCAUUGUAAUGCCGAGGGCGAGGAUUGUGUCCGGUCACAGGAUGAGGCGAACUUCAUGUGGUUUGACGAGUUACAUCCGUCUCAAACAACGGAUAAGUUUAUCGCGGAGGAGUUCGUGAAGGUGGUUAAUGGGGAGAGUGAAUGGGCGACAUAUUGGUGA